AUGCAUCUUGGUUUAAUCUACCUACUUGUUAUUGCCAAGUGCACAAUUGGGAUCGAAUUGCAGAUUCUGGACGGGUAUUUUUACACAAUCAAUGUUACCAUUGGAAGCCCGCGUAAGUCUUUUUUUUUUAAUUUACGCCUUAUUUUUUAUAAAUUUUGAGUAAUCAUUCUAGUUCAAACACCACAAAUUUUUGCCUAACUUUGAUUAGAAAUUACACCUUUGUAGAAGAGCGUGCCACGUGCCUUUAUAAGGUCAUAAAAGCGGAACCCUUCCUUUCCGAAAAUUGGGUCCAAAAACGCAGCAAAGCAAAAGUGGGUCCAGCCAACAGCAAAUGCGCAGAUAAACAAGAUUACGGUGCAUAUUAUAGCAUUACAAAUGACAGUAUUGUCGGAAAAUUAAGUCAAAAAUUAGCUGUAGUUGGAAGAAAAGAGGGAAAUUGGGUUAGAAAUAACUCGUACAGACUACAAAUGUUGUCUGAACGUUUGGCUGUGACUUCUUUACCCUAGAGAUAUCUGAAAAAGUCGAAUAUCUCGGAUUUUUUGAGAUGAAGAUUUUCAUUGAUGACAAUGUGGCGCACUAUAUAGAAAAUUGGACUAAGAUUGAAUACUUGAAAAACACCCGUGCAUUUGAAACCGUGUAUGAUAAAAAAGAUAUAUUUUUAGCCCAAGUUUUUACAUUGGCAUUGGACAUCACAACCAGCAACACAUGGGUAUUUGGGAACAGCUCCGAACUCGACUUGAUUGGAGAAAACAAGACCUACUACGAUCCUCGGUAAGCAGUGAUUUCUUAAAUACAUCCUAGCGCAGAUACGCUUAUCAUUUCAAAAAUUGAAAGCCUAUUUCAACUUUUAGGUAUUCUGUAACUUCCCUGCGAGUAGCGCCUUUUCAACAAAACUCUUCACUAUCAUCCAACGAGCAAGUUUCAAAUCUCAUAAAAAAGUAUGACACUACAAUAUUCGCUGAUGCAAUGCAACUAAAUCAUGACAAUAUUGGGAGUAUUCGAUUUAUUGUGGUUGAGAAUUACGAUGUUGGCAGUUACUCCUAUCUUCCGACUAAUGGACUCUUCGGACUUGGUCAAGAUGUCCUGGAGAAUGGCAUUGGAAUAAUCUCAAAUAUCCUGCAUUUCAAGAAAGCCAACACGAUCUCAUUGUACACACCGAGGUAAGGGGCUUUUGUGGUUUUAUAAAUAUGUAUUAGAAACAAUGACAGUUUUUGAUCAGUAGUAAUGCUUGUGAAAGAAAGACUUGUGUAUUGCAUUGUUCAUAAAACGGAAAUGGAAUUCUGACAGGAUUAGAGCUGGUUGAGAUAGGAAAAUUCAAAAAAAAAGAAAGAGUAAACGAGCAAUCCCUAUAAAGAAGUGGUGUUUUCAAUACUAUGGCUUGUGUGCUUUUAGGAAUACAUAUGGGGAUAUAUUUCUACAGUCCCCCUGCCAAUUCUGCUUUUUCUCGGAUGCAAACUACCAAUUCAUCGUCAAAUCUUUUGCAGGCUCUGUAAAUAGUCAGACACAAUUUGUACUUCCUGACAGAAAAUGGCCAACGAUAUGUCAAGUUCUUUGUCAUGUUGUCAGAACUUGCAUAUAGACUUGAAAAGCCGCGAUCACAGCGUCUUCAAGUUCACUUUCUUUACAAAUUCCGCUAGUGUAACCAGUAAAUAAGAAGCACUCUGUCGCCAAGAUAUGCAUCGCCUAUGAAUUGGUCACAUCCAAUUGAUUUUCACAUCCGCGGCGCGACCGGCGCAGCAAUAUAGGGCUCAUUAUUUUUCUCGACAGACUGGUGGGGCUACACUAUCAUAACGUUUAUUUUUUUGCGUAUCUUUCACUAUAACAUUCCUACUGCCUUCAGGAACGUCCACAAUGACAAAGCGUACAUGUUAUUCGGUGAAGCCUCACCUCACGUGAAUUGUAAGCAAACGAAUUGGACAUUAUUCGACGUCUACGACAAUACAAAUGAAAGCAGCAAGUUGUUCGAAAUGAAAUACACCUUGUAAGUUCCGUUAUCCCGUAGGCAAUAUCCGGAAGUGGAACCAAAGUCAUUAUGACUGAUCACUGUUCUUUACUAACAAUACAAAAGUGACAGCAAAAUUUUUGCGUUGCAAAAUGACGCAGUUUCCUGCAGACUAAUUGUUGACAAGCUGACUGAGAAAAUUGACUUUCCUUUUCAUCCAAUUAAAGAAUUUUUAUCCAACGUAAAAUCAACAUAACACAAUAAAUUCCAGUUCUAAAUUCGGCACACACAAACUUCAGUCGCCUUCGUACCCUUACUUUGCCUUAUCAACUUUAACGUCGUAUAUUACUGUAAACACACCCAUGUUCAAACUUAUAUCAAAAACACUUACUCCAUUCCACGAUCGCAACCGAACAAAGCCCGUGCAUACUGUAAACUGCAAAUGGCGAAAUGAAGCGCCGCCGCUGGAGUUUGGAACAAAGGAUUUUAAAUUUUCAAUACCUCCAAGCGAUUACAUCCAGGAAACGGUAGGUCGAAGCAACAGAAAAGCACCGCAUUCAUCAUUUCUAUAGUGUCUUAGUAUAAAAUAGUGCCUCUUACCGAACAACAAAACAAGUCAAAUCUUUCUCAAGUCCCUGUUUUCAGAAGCCCAAUUAUUGUGUGCUGAAGAUCCGCCUGAACGAAGCCAAUCCUCGUUGGGUGUUUGGGAUAUCGUUUUUGAAGAAUUAUUGCGUACAAUUCCGGUUGCAAGACAAAAAAGUCGGAUUCAUUCCGUCCGCAGAGCCAUAG